CAAGGCGUGCACGCGCACUGUGUUUAGCUGUAUCGCUUGGCUACGGUUAUUCUGGGCUGAAAGAUGAGAAACCGCGGAGCUUCCCAGCUGGGAUGUUGUGGCUAGACCGCGUUGGCUUAUCUGUACCGCUAGUGUUAGGCUCAGGAGACUGUGAGAAGCCGAGGGGGAGGUGAGGUGUGUCUGAAGCGUGUAGGCUCUGCGAUGAAGAAGAUUUUUGGCUUCGGAAGUAAGAAGGGCGAGUCGCUCUUCGGCUCCUCCACCAGCCCGCGGAGAGAGAGCGGUAAUCGGGUCAACUCCCGGCCCGAGUACCACAUCCGACCCAAGGAUCUCGGGAAGGUCCACAAAGCUGCCAGCGUGGGCAACGUAGCCAAAGUGCAGCAGAUUCUGUUGCUUGGGAAGAAUGGCUUGAACGACAGGGACAAGAUGAACAGGACUGCUCUCCAUUUGGCCUGUGCCAAUGGCCAUCCGGCAGUGGUAACUCUCCUAGUGGAGAGAAAAUGCCAGCUUAACCUCUGUGACAACGAAAACAGGACAGCGCUGAUGAAGGCCAUACAAUGCCAGGAAGAGGAGUGUGCAACUAUUCUGCUGGAACAUGGUGCCGACCCAAAUGUCAUGGACGUCAGUGGCAACACUGCUCUCCACUAUGCUGCCCUUUAUCAGAAUAUAUCACUCGCAGCAAAGCUGCUUUCACAUGACGCCAACAUUGAAGCAAGCAACAAGGAGGGCUUCACACCACUUUUACUUGCUGUAAGUGAAAACAAGCAGCAAAUGGUGGAAUUUUUAGUAAAGAAAGAAGCAAAUAUACAUGUAGUUGAUAAGAUGAAAAGCAACUGCCAACUGAUUUCUGAAUAUAAAGAAGAAAAGAGACCUAAAACUCCUUCUCAAAAUAGCAACCCAGUGGUUAAGAAUUCUGAAGAAGAGUCUUUAAGCAGCCUUUCCAACAAACCUGGUGUUGAUGAUUCAUGGCCUACAUCAGAGGAUGAAGACUUAGAUUUUGAUACCAAGAAUGUCCUGAAACCAAGUUUAACAAAGCUAAUGAGUGCUUUUCAGCAAUCCAAGAAAAACAUAGAAGCAAAAUGUGGCAUCGUGAGACCAGAAGAGAGAACCUUCUUUGAGCACAAUAGUUCUGAUAGUGGAAAUGAAGAUGUGGCCAAAACCUUUCCCAAACCAUCAAUCCAGGGGGUCACUCAUCCUGCUUUCCCAUCACCUGAACCUCUCCCAAAACCUCUCAAGUCUUUAGCAGGCCUUGGUCUUACAAAGGAAGGAGCAACAAAUCCAGAAAUUGGAGAAAAAGAAAAUGAUACUGAUAUUGAAAGUGCUCCACAAGAGCAAACAGAUCAUAACAAUUUGACUUCUGUUGAUGGAGCUCAGAAAAAUAAUAGGAAUGAUAUGAUGUCAGCGUUAGGAUUAGGAGAAGAGGAAGGUAUAGAAUCACCUUGGGAUUCUGAGAGUAUCUCUGAGAGUCUUCCAGAGAAGUAUGUUGAUCAUUUAUCUGGAGCUGCAGGUCAAAGAGGAAAAAAUAUAUUAAAUGGACAAGUAGAAGAUGUGCCUUAUAUACCUUCUUGCAUGAUUGGAUCGAGAAACUUUAAGAUGACUAAACUAGAGGAUCCAAGAAAUGUAGGCAUACCAGUAGCCCACAUGGAUUCUCCUGAAAAAUAUCCUCACUUGAAGCCUGCAGUUGGAGUGAAAGAUUCUGUUCCUAAUAAAGCAGUAGGAAUGAAGGAUUUACAAACAUCCAGAUCAGAUUUUUCCAAGUGGGAUUCUGCUAGUUUGUCGCUCAAUAAUGAGACUUGUCAAAGAGCCGGGCAUUUGAAAGUUGAUGAUAAAUAUCCAUUUUUGUCACAAUCAAUGACCAAAAAUCAGUCAGCAUCCACAGAAUUUGGACAGAUGACCUUAACAGAUAAAGAAAAGAUUAAUAUCGGAGUGUUGUUUCUGUUAGGGGAUUACACGCUCCGUGACCUGUGUGAGUCACAACUGCCAGAAAACAGAGAAAGCAAACAAUAUUUGUCAGCAGAACUAGACUUAGAAAUAACAUCGGAGGAAGCACAAGAAAGGCUUGAUGGAAGUGAAAAUAACCACUCACAGGUUGAAGAAGCAAAGAAGAAGCACAAAAGUAGUGAAAUGGAAGUAUCAGAAAACAUAUAUGAUGCUGAUGAUAGUGGAUUAAUUCAACAGAGAAAGAGCAGAAAAACUAAUAACCAACAGUUUCCUACCAUGGAGAAUGAAGAUUCUGAUAGUAGCGGUCCUGGCGUGCACAUGAAGGAAGUAAAGAAAAAUGAAAAUGAAAAAUGGACAUCAAAAGAAUGUGUGAUUACACCAAUGUUUGAGAAGGCUGAUUCACUGAUUGGUGGUCUGCUACACAUGAAGGAUGACAGCAGUUCAAGUGGAGUAGAUCAGGAUGAUGGCAGGGCUACAAAGGAAACACCUAAUGAAAAGAACAAGGUCAAAGAGCAAAUUAAUUCUAUGGAUGACCUUGAUGACUUAACUCAGUCAUCUGAAACAGCUUUUGAGGAUUGCCAGAUGCUUUACUCUAAUUAUAAGAAUUCCAUGUUGCUAAUAGAACAACUUGGCAUGGAGUGUAAAGAUUCUGUUAGCUUAUUGAAAAUUCGGGAUGCAGUUCUUUCAUAUGAAAGAUUAAUAGAUCUUAAAAAAGAUCACUGUGAACUACUUACAGAAAAAAAUAAAAAAAUGGAAAGUAAGGUUACUGGGCUACAAAAGGAGCUAUCAGAAACAAAAGAAAUGAAAUCAGAGUUAGAGCAUCAAAAAGUGGAGUGGGAACAAGAGCUCUGCAGCUUGAGAUUCACCCUAAAACAAGAAAAAAAGAAGAGAAGAAAUGCUGACAGGUUAUAUGAAAAAAUUAGGGAGCAGUUAAGAAGAAAAGAAGAGCAAUACAGUAAAGAAGUUGAAAUGAAACAACAACUUGAACUCACUCUCAGAGCACUAGACAUGGAACUGAGGACUGUGAGAAAUAAUCUGAAUCAGGUUGUAGAAGAGCGAAAUGACGCUCAGAGGCAGCUUUCUCGAGAGCAGAAUGCCAGAAUUUUACAUCACCUUGCCAAACAAAAGGAGAUAGAAAUGACUAAUAAGGAAAUGAAUUCUGAGGUGUCCGAUAGUCCUGAAAAAGAAAAAGAUCUGUUACAUAAAAACCACAUGUUGCAGGAUGAAGUUGCCAUGCUAAGACUGGAAAUCGACACAAUAAAAUGUCAGAACCAGGAAAAGGAAAAGAAAUAUGUUGAGGUCAUUGAAAUUGUAAAAGAAAAGAAUGAUGAUCUUCAAAACACAAUAAAACUGAAUGAGGAAACAUUAACAAAAACAAUAUUCCAAUAUACUGGACAGCUUAAUGUUCUGACAGCUGAGAAUACAAUGCUAGAUGCUAAGCUGGAGAAUGAAAAACAAAGCAAAGAAAGACCGGAAACAGAAGUGGAAUCCUACCAUUCUAGACUGGCUGCUAAGAUACAUGAUCACCAUCAAAGUCAGACAUCAAAAAGAGACCUGGAACUUGCCUUCCAGAGAGCAAGAGAUGAGUGGUUACGCUUGCAGGACAAAAUGAAUUUUGAUGUGUCUAACCUGAAAGAUAACAAUGAGAUGCUUUCCCAGCAACUUUCUAAAGCUGAAAGUAAAUUCAGUAGCCUAAAAACCAAGUUCCAUCACACGAGGGAUGCUCUCAGAGAAAAGACUUUGGUGUUAGAACAUGUACAGAGAGACCUAAGCCAAGCACAGUGUCAAAAGAAGGAACUUGAACACAUGUAUCAAAGUGAACAAGGCAAAGUGAAUAAAUACAUUGGAAAGCAGGAAUCCUUAGAAGAGAGAUUAUCUCAACUCCAGAGUGAAAACAUAUUGCUCAGACAGCAACUGGAUGAUGCGCAAAACAAAGCUGACAGUAGAGAGAAGACAGUAAUUAACAUCCAAGACCAGUUUCAGGAGAUUGUGAAAACACUUCAAGCUGAAAGUGAAAAACAAGGUCUGAUGCUGGAGGAAAGGAACAAGGAGUUAAUCAAUGAAUGUAAUCAUUUAAAAGAGAGAAUGUAUCAGUAUGAAAAUGAGAAAACAGAAAGAGAAGCACUUGUGAGACAACUUCAACAAGAACUGGCUGAUACCCUAAUAAAGCAAUCUAUGUCAGAGGCUUCACUGGAGGCCACGUCACGUUAUCGUACUAAUUUAGAAGAUGAGGCACAGGAUUUAAAGAAAAAAUUACGUCAAGUCACAAGUCAGUUGCAAGAAGCACAGGAUCGACAUACAGAGGCCAUGAGAUGUGCUGAGAAGACGCAGGAUCACAUCCAAAAGCUUGAAAUUGAAAAUGCCAAGUUAAAAGCUACAGUCAAAAAGCAAGCGGAUAAAAUUGAAGAGCUUCAGAAAAACCUGUUAAGUACAAGUUCAGAUGAAAAGGAGCAAUUAAAGAAAUAUAUUGAGUUAAAACAGUCUCUGGAAUAUAGUUUGGAUCCAGAAAUGAAGAAAAAUAGUGAAUUAGAAAAAGAGUUUACUGGACUUAAGAAACUCUUAAAAAUGGCAAGAAGGAAGUUAAAUGAAUAUGAAAAUGGAGAGCUUAGUUUCCAUGGAGAUUUAAAAACCAGUCAAAGUGAAAUGGAUAUUCAGAUUAAUAUGCUAAAACAUAAGAUUGAUGACCUUACAGCAGAACUGGAAACUGAAUCUUCAAAAUGUCUACAUCUGGGUGCAAAAAAUCAAGUUCUUCAACGGGCGUUAUUAUCUAUAAAAGUAAUGCAAAAGAAAUGUGAAAAACUAGAGAAGAAUAAAAAGACGUUGGAACAAGAAGCAGUGAACCUCAGAAGUCAUAUAGAAAUGAAUAUGAUAGAACACAGUCAAGUAGAGCAGUAUAAACGGGAGGUUGAAGAAAGAGCAAGACAGGAUAUAAUAGAAAAAUUAAAAGAAGUCAACCUAUUUUUACAGACACAAGCAGCAUCUCAAGAAAACUUAGAGCAGUUAAGAGAGAAUCAUAAUGCUUCAAUAAGAAGUCCAAUGGAACUGAGAAUUAAAGAUCUGGAAUCUGAACUCUCCAAAAUGAAAACUUUUCAAGAAGAUUCUACUAAAGCAGAGUUGGAAAAAUAUAAGCAACUCUACCUCGAAGAACUAAAAGUUAGAAAGUCAUUGGCAAAUAAACGAAACAAGACUAAUGAGAGGCUGGAAGAGGUCAGUACCAAACUGCUGGUGGAGAAACAGCAGAACAGAUCUUUACUCAGCACUCUUACUACGAGGCCAGUCCUGAAGCCACCUUGUGUAGGAAAUAUUAAUAAUCGUUUAGUGCUCAAUAGAUAUCUUACUCCAGGAGAAAACUUAGAGAUUUCUACCUCAAGUUCACGCCCUUCACAUGAGAGCAUGGAGAUGUACUUGACCAAGAUGCAAAGACGAGAUGGAAAAAAUAUAACUAGAGUACUAGAAAAAGCUGCUGCUGUUGAAUCAGCAUGCUAUAGAGCUUCUCAUCUAGGAGCUACUGAUGAGUCAAAUCUAAAUCAAGAUCUAGUUUUGAAAACAUCACGAGAAUAUGUACAGAUUUUGAAGAAAGAUUAUAUGAUCUAAAAGAUAAAUAGUAAAAAUUUCCCUCCUGGGUUGUUUGCAUAACAUUUUAGUUGUUUCCCAUUAAACAUGACGUGAAAAUCUGGAUUAAAGGAAAAUAUUCUUGUAUUAUAUGUGUAUGGUGAAAAUGUAUAUACUAUUUUAAACCAUGUUUCUCUGCAUCUAACUUACUUUUAAUAAGAUUUUGUGAAUCAAAACACUGUUGAGUUUUACAUACUCAAACUGAGCCCUGAUACCAGCACCCAGACAACCAAACUUGUCAUUGAUAUAUAGUGGUGUUGAUUGAUAGCUUUUUUCUAUUUCCAAUUUUAUCACUAUAUAUAGACCUAAAGAUUUAGACAGACAUCAUUUGGAUAUACUGCUGCUAUGGCUAUUGUCAAUGUUUUGGGGUUUUUUUAAAUAUUAUUUAUUUUUGAGUGUGUUGGGUCUUCGUUGCUGCAUGCGGACUUUCUCUAGUUGCGGCGAGCGGGGGCUACAGGCUUCUCAUCGUGGUGGCUUCUCUUGUUGCGGAGCCUGGGCUCUAGGCGCGCGGGCUUCAGUAGUUGUGGCAUGCGGGCUCUAGAGCACAGGCUCAGUAGUCGUGGCGCACAGGCUUAGUUGCUCCAUGGCAUGUGGGAUCUUCCCGGACCAGGGUGAACCUGUGUUCCCUGCAUUGGCAGGAGGAUUCUUAACCACUGUGCCACCAGGGAAGUCCUUAUUGUCAAUGUUUGGAUGUAUUACAAUUGUUCUAGUGCCAUAAAACUUCGUAUAUAUAACUUUAAACACUGAUUCAUAGAUCUUUCCUCAUGGAGAAAUAAAAUUUG